AUGCUUUCAUUCCUUACUCUCCUUUCCCUCGCUUGUUCGCUCACUCACGCCUUGUACAUCCCCAACAAGGGCGAGUCUCAAAAGGCCGACACCAAAUCGUCUUCUUCUGGUGUCGAGGCCACCGCUGUCUCGUUGAACUUUGACAUCACCAGAAGAGACCACGCUUCCAGUGACUUCUGGCCAAAGAUGGUCGAAGGCAUCGAGAAACGUCACUUCAAAAGAGACAAGGAGGUGACCAUCACCAACUACCAGGAUGUCAUCUACCACAUUGACGUCAACGUGGGUAACUCCAAGUGCACUGUUUCCUUGGACACUGGAUCGUCGGACCUCUGGGUGUGGGGUCAGUCUGGAUCUGGUGAAGGUGGCCACUACGACUCGUCGCUGGGCAAGAACACCGGCCAGAAGUUCGAGAUUUCGUACUUGGAUCAGACUUCUUCCAACGGUGACUACUACACCGACUCGUUCGGCUUCAACGGCGAAAACCUUCUCAAGGACUUCCAGUUUGGUGUUGUCUCGCUGUCCAACGACAACGGAUACGGUAUCUUGGGUAUUGCCGACAAGAACCAGGAGGCUUCGUUGAACAGCGGAGGAUCCGAGUACGACAACCUUCCAUGGGCAUUGAAGAAGCAAGGAGUCAUCGAGCUGGCUUCCUACUCCUUGUGGAUCAACAGCGGUGGCGACCAGAGCCAGGGUACCAUCUUGUUUGGUGGAAAGGACUCCUCCAAGUACCAGGGUGACUUGACCACCUACCCUGUGGACAAGAGUGCCAACGGGUUGGCCAUCACCUUGAACAACAUGAACAUUGACGGCAAGAGCAUCAACGUCGGCGCCCCAGUGCUUUUGGAUUCCGGUACCACUGGUGGUAUCUUGCCCACCGAGGUGAUGAACCACUUUGAUGAAAUUUUCAAGCCCAACAAGGUGACGCCUUCCAACGGCCUUGUGGAACGUUACGUGGACUGCCAGCAGCCCACCGACAAGUUCAUCGAGUUUGACUUUGGCAAGAACAAGAUCAGAGCCUCCUACCAGGACGUCAUCAUGAAGUUCGAGGAGAACAAGUGCAUGUUGGGAUUCACCGACUACCAGGACAGGUACAUUUUGGGUGACGCUUUCUUGAGAAACGCCUACGUGUACUAUGACCUCGACAACCAGGAGAUCUCUCUUGCUCAGUCCCAGAACAGCGGUGGAGGCCACUCUCCUCCAUCCAACAACACUUCCAGCGGUGGUUCUUCCCCAACUUCCGGUGGAAACGCUCCAACUUCCGGUGGAAACGCUCCAACCUCGCUUCCUCAAACCGCCACUUCUGGCGGCAACGGUGGUGCUUCUAACGCCCCAACUGCCACUUCUCCAGGUAACUCCAACCCUACCGACGCUGCUCCUUCUGACUGGACCUACCCAGGCGCCAACCCUACCAGCGGCGGCUCUUUCCCAGCUCCUACUGGCGGUAACGCUCCAGGCAACUCUGACCCAGGCAACUCUGGUCCAGGUAACUCAGACCCAAACAACUCUGGUCCAGGCAACUCGAACCCAGGUAACGGGGACAUGCCGGACUUUGGCGGCGACUUUGGCGGCGACUUUGGUCUGGGCGGAUACGCUUCUGCUGGAGCCCAUGCUCAUGCCCAGGACGGAAAGCACCACAUUGCUGAUACCCACGCUCCCGUCCACAAGGGCACCAACCAUGCCAAGGUCGGCGUAGUUUAG